UGGGAGAAAGAAGACACAGUACAGUUGGUGGAGGUGAAGGAGUGAGUCAGUCAACACCCAAACACUCUUCACACCCCCUACACCCGCCACCAUCUACUGCUCGUAAUGGACAGUAAAGGCAGAAAAAUCGUCGUUUGUGACAAUGGAACAGGGUUUGUCAAAGUUGGAUAUGCAGGUUGCAAUUUCCCAGCACACAUCUUCCCGUCAAUGGUGGGUCGGCCCAUCAUCAGAGCCACAAACAAGAUCGGUGACAUAGAAGUCAAGGAGUGGGCUCAUUUCCCUGAUCUUAUGGUGGGAGAUGAGGCCAGCAAGUUACGGUCGAUGCUGGAAGUGACGUACCCAAUGGAAAAUGGGAUCGUCAAGAACUGGGAUGAUAUGUGUCAUGUUUGGGACUACACGUUCGGUCCUGAGAAAAUGGACCUUGAUCCUCACGAGUGCAAGAUUAUGCUAACUGAGCCGCCCAUGAACCCAACCAAGAAUAGGGAGAGAAUGCUUGAGAUGAUGUUUGAAAAGUAUGGCUUUGCUGGCGCAUUUGUGGCUAUCCAGGCGGUGUUGACGUUGUACGCUCAGGGGCUGCAGUCGGGCGUGGUGGUGGACUCUGGUGAUGGCGUGACACACAUCUGUCCUGUGUAUGAGGGUUUUACCCUUCCUCAGAUCAGGAGGUUAGAUAUAGCCGGGCGUGACAUCACCGUCUACAUGAUCAAACUGCUCCUGCUGCGAGGGUAUGCCUUCAAUCACUCUGCUGACUUUGAGACAGUGCGCAUGAUGAAGGAAAAACUGUGUUACGUUGGCUACAACAUUGAACAGGAGCAAAAACUUUCGACAGAGACAACUGUUCUUGUUGAAAAUUAUCAACUGCCUGAUGGUCGCAUCAUUAAGGUGGGUGGGGAACGGUUUGAGGCUCCAGAAGCAUUGUUCCAGCCUCAUCUGAUCAAUGUUGAAGGUCAAGGCAUUGCUGAACUCCUUUUUGACACCAUCCAGCGCUGUGAUAUUGAUAUUCGGCCGGAGUUGUACAAGCACAUUGUUUUAUCUGGUGGGUCAACCAUGUAUCCAGGGUUGCCAUCACGGCUUGAGAGAGAACUCAAGCAGCUCCACUUGGAAAGAGUACUGAAG